AUGACUGCAAUCUCCGAGAUUGUCGUUCAGCGUGCUCAGAUAGAGACUCUUGAAGAGCUGAAAAUCUACAAAAAACAUUCCAUGUUCGACGUCGCUUCCGUUGAAUUGUGAGUUUUUCCGGAUGCAAUCGGUGGCCUAGAAAUAUUUAACUUUCAGCAGUUUUUGUAUCAGCUUUGAGGGUUCUGGAGAAGAAACGAAGUUCUGCGCGAGUGUGGGAUGCGAUGGUCCCUCCAUCAGUCUGUGGUCGAUCAGAACUGCUGCCGAUGGAGACGGAGCACGUGCUCAGAGAUGUUCAGAGACAAGAGUGUAAUUUGGAACGAGUUUGCGAGUUUGGACGAAUGGGGGAGAAUGCUCAGCGAACCGAUCGUCGUGGAGGUGAAAAUCUAAGUGGGAGCCUUCAAAAAACUCUUUUUGUCAUUCGCUGAGCCCGAUGAACAUCUCAGCGAUAUUGUCUUCCUUGUUGAGAGAAAGAAGGUGAACGCUGACAAACAGGUGCGCUUUUAUAAGUUAUUAACACUCUUUCUGAAGACGUCAACCUUUUAUUUCAGAUUCUCGCUCGAGCGUCAAAAAUUUUCCACGCAAUUUUCUACGGCAACUUCAAGGAGCAAAAUCAGUCGGAGAUCGUCCACGAGAAACUUACCGUCCGGAUUAAGCUCGAAAUAGUUCUUUUUUUCAGAACCGCACCAUCGUGGGUUCGCGCAUGA